AUGGAUCAACAGAACCAGUCCGGGGUCCCCGGACCAGCUGGACGGAAGCUUCAUAUCGCCCAUCGCAGAAGCCCGUCUGAGCUCACACCUCUAAUGAUGGAACAAUUGGCAAUCCAACAGCAAAUUGAGGCGCUUCAGCAACAGCAACAGCAGAUUGCUGCAACACACCAGCAGUAUGUCAACAUGGGGUUGUUGCAGCCGCAGCAGAUUGGACAAGUUUCUGGCUUCUCCCCGAACAUGCAAGGUGGCGGCGUUUCCCCACAGCAGCUCAAUGCUUUUCAAUUUCCUCAGGUUGGCCAACAACAACUAGGCAUUCCGAUGAACGCCUCCAAUCAACACUCCCACCGUCGCAACCAGUCGGCCCUCCCUGGGCUCGGCAUGGGUCCUCCGCCGGCUCCUUCUUCGGGUGCUUCCGGAUACUCUGAUUACUCUCAGCAGCAGCAACAGCAGCAACCCAACUUCCAGAAGAAUGAGAACGGUGGACAUGGCCGUGGCCGUGGAGGCCCGCCCGGUGGUGGUGGUCACCAGCGCCGCCAUUCUCUCGCCCUUCCCGAAGCCAAAAAGGCUGCUGAGCUUGCUCAACAGAAGAGAGCAGCAUCCGGGUUCCAAUUCCCUGCACCCAGUGGCGACGCAUCCGAAGGUGCACCCGCCUCCGACGACAAGCAAACCCCUACUGCGACACAGCCGCCUCAAGGCUUGGGUCUUCAACGCGCUGGCAACAUCCGAGCUGGUGGUCAUGGUAGAAGUCAGUCCAUGGCCGUGGGCGGAAACCGCGGUCCUCUGUCCGGCCGUGGCCCAGGUGGCUUCCAGUUUCCUUCGAAUGACGGUGCUUCUGAAAAUCAGCGCCGUGGAAGCCAACCCGCGCACGCUCGAACCCCUUCAAGGAACUUUGACGGUAAUUGGCGCCAGCCUAACAACCAGGCGCAGGCUCAGGAUCAGCAGAAGGGUCUUGGACAGCAGAACUCCGGGUUCCAACCUGGUCACCGUGCCCGUCCUUCAAUGAACCAGUCUAUCGGCUCCAUCGGUCAGUUCCAGUAUCCUGGUCAACCACAGCUCAUCCAGCUGCCUCAAGGCCAGGUUGUCAUGGCUCCCCCUCAAAUGUUUGGUGGUGGUCAACAAUUGAACCCCUUGCAACUCGCACAGCUUCAAGCUCUUCAGCAAAACGGUCAAUUGGGCGGCCAGGGUCUCGGCGGCCUCGGAGCCAGCCAGCACGCGCCACCGCAGCUGUCUGCUCAACAGCAGCAACAGCAGCAGCAGCAACAGAGGAAGACACUCUUCACUCCUUACCUUCCCCAGGCAAACCUUCCCCAACUCCUGAGCAAUGGUCAACUCGUCGCCGGUAUCCUCAGGGUCAACAAGAAGAACCGCUCCGACGCGUACGUCACAACUCCCGAUUUGGAUGCCGAUAUCUUCAUUUGCGGCAGCAAAGAUCGAAACCGUGCCCUCGAAGGCGACUAUGUGGCCGUCGAACUUCUUGACGUGGAUGAGGUCUGGUCUCAGAAACGAGAAAAGGAGGAGAAAAAGAAACGCAAGGAUAUCACCGAUGCCCGCUCCGGCAGUACCGCUGGAAAUGACAAGCUGUCUCGCUCCGACUCGAGCGAGAACCGCCAAGAGAUUGGACCUGAUGGUAGCAUUCGCCGCCGUGGUAGUCUUCGACAGCGCCCCACUCAGAAGAAGAACGACGAUGUCGAGGUUGAGGGCCAAAGUCUCCUCUUGGUUGAGGAAGAUGAGAUCAGCGAUGAACAAAAGCCCCUAUAUGCUGGCCACAUUGUCGCCGUCAUCGAGCGUAUCGCCGGACAGAUGUUCUCUGGAACCCUUGGGUUGCUCCGUCCUAGCAGUCAGGCCACCAAGGAGAAGCAGGAAGCCGAGCGGCUUGCCAGAGAUGGCGCCCACGGCCGCCACCAGGAUCGUCAGCAGGAUAAGCCGAAGAUUGUUUGGUUCAAGCCUACUGACAAGCGUGUUCCUUUGAUUGCUAUCCCCACUGAACAAGCUCCGCGCGAUUUCGUGGAGAAGCACCAAGACUACGCCAACCGCAUCUUCGUUGCUUGCAUUAAGAGAUGGCCGAUCACCUCGCUGCAUCCUUUCGGAACGCUUGUUGAGCAGCUGGGAGAAAUGGGCGACCUCAGAGUGGAAACCGAGGCGCUCCUCCGCGACAACAACUUCGGCUCAGAUGAGUUCUCCGAUGCUGUUUUGAAGAGCAUUGGCUGGGACAACUGGUCCGUUUCGAGCGAAAGCGACCUCUCUUCCCGUCGGGAUUUCCGUCAAGAAGCUACAUUCACCGUCGAACCGACUGGAACCAAGGAGCUCGACAAUGCCUAUCACUUCAAGGUUCUCCCUGACGGAAAGGUGGAAAUCGGUAUCCACGUUACCGAUAUCGCUCACUUCGUCAAGGGCGGCUCCCUUGUUGACCGAGAGGCCAAGAAACGAGGCACCGCCGUUUAUCUUACUGAUCGUCUGGUCAACAUGCUGCCUACUCGUGUCUCUACUGAACUAUGCGCUUUGCUCCCAGGCGAGGAGCGCUUGACAGUCAGUGUGGUGUUCACAGCUCACCAGGAGACAGGUGUCGUCGACGAGGACGUCUGGAUCGGCAAGAGUAUCAUCAAGAGCUCGGCCAGACUGAGCUAUGAUGAAAUCGAAUCGGUGAUCAAGGGAGCAUCGGGUAUCUCUGUGCCUGGAGUUACGCCUGAUACCAUUCUGGGGCUACAGCGCACCGCCUCGAAAUUCCGUGAGGCCAGAUUGGGCAACCGAGUUUCUCAGAUCCCUCCUCUCCGCCUUCUUUAUCAACUCGAUGAUGAGAAUGUGCCUGUUGAAAGAAACAUUUUCGACUCUUCUGCAGUCCGCGAGCUUGUAGAGGAAUUGAGCUUCAAAGCUAACUACCUUGUCGCCCGCAAGUUGGUAGCAGCUUUGCCCGACAAGGCUUUCCUCCGUCGUCAGGUAUCACCAAACGACCGUCGCCUCCACUCAUUUGUCGAUCGUAUGAACAGGCUCGGAUUCGAUUUUGACGAGGCAAGCAGCGGAAGCUUGCAGAGCAGUCUUUGCAAGGUCCAGGAUGACGAUCUGCGCAAGGGAAUGGAGACAAUCUUGGUGAAGGCUAUGCAACGCGCAAAAUACUAUGUUGCUGGUACCCUAUCGGAGGAUCAACGCCCUCAUUACACUCUCAACCUCCCUGUCUACACUCAUUUCACCAACCCACUUCGUCGUUAUGCUGAUAUUCUUGUCCAUCGCCAACUGGAGGCUGUCUUGUCUGAGGGUGCCAUUGAGUUCACCGACGAUAUCGAGUCACUCAACAAGACCGCAGACCUUUGCAACACCAAGAAGGAUUCGGCACACAACGCUCAAGAGCAGAGCGUGCACAUCGAGGCCUGCCGCAGCAUGGACAAGGUACGCCAAGAAAUUGGCGGUGACCUGAUCAGCGAGGGUAUUGUCAUCUGCGUCUACGAAUCUGCUUUCGAUGUGCUCAUUCCGGAAUACGGUUUUGAGAAGCGAGUCCACUGUGACCAGCUACCCUUGAAGAAGGCCGAAUUCCGCAAGGAGACCCGGGUCUUGGAGCUUUACUGGGAGAAGGGUGUGCCUUCAUCCGCCUACAUCCCUGAAGACGAACGUCCCAAGCCUGCCAACUCUCGCGCUGCUCAGGCUGCUGCUGCCGCAAGAGAGGCGGAAGCUGCUCGCGAGCGUGCCCGUGAGAGGGAGGAGGCCCUCAGGAGGCAGACUGAGACUGGAACCAUGUCCGCUGAUGAUGUUGACGCGCUGUUCGACGACGAUGAUGAUGUCUCGGAGGUGACCGAGAUGGCCGCAGGCGUCUCUUUGACUUCUGCCGACCGCUCAACCCAAAGCAUGCCACCUUCGCCCACCCGCAACGGUCAUCUGCCACCGGGCCCUCAGCGUACACUCUCUGACCCGAAGAUCGCUACUAGCGCGUCCGAUGCUCCCGAGGCGAAGUUGACCAACAAGGAGAAGUACCUCCGCCUAUUCAAGCUCAGGGAGGAGGGAGGGGAGUACAUCCAGGAUGUCACCGAGAUGACCCGAGUUCCCAUCAUUCUGAAGACCGAUCUGAGCAAGAGUCCUCCUUGCCUCACCAUCCGUUCGGUCAACCCCUACGCACUCUAA